AUGCUCGACUUCGACUUCAUCUGCAAGCGGUCGACCCCCUCCGUCGCCGCCAUCAUCUACACCUUUGGCGGCCAGUUCGUCAGCAAGAUGUACUGGGGAACGAGUGAGACGCUGCUGCCCGUCUACCAGGACACCAACAAGGCCAUGGCCAAACACGCAGACGUCGACACCGUCGUCAACUUUGCCUCGUCUCGCUCCGUCUACUCCUCGACCAUGGAGCUCAUGGAGUUCCCCCAGAUCAAGACCAUUGCCAUCAUCGCAGAGGGCGUUCCUGAGCGGAGGGCGAGAGAAAUCAUGGUAAGGGCAAAGGAGAAAGGAGUCACCAUUAUCGGCCCUGCUACCGUCGGUGGCAUCAAGCCCGGUGCGUUCAAGAUCGGAAACACCGGCGGCAUGAUGGACAACAUCGUCGCCUCCAAACUGUACCGCAAGGGAUCCGUCGCCUACGUCUCCAAGUCCGGCGGCAUGUCCAACGAGCUCAACAACAUCGUCUGCCAGACCACCGACGGCGUCUGCGAAGGUGUCGCCAUUGGCGGUGACAGAUACCCCGGAACCACCUUUCUAGACCACCUGCUGCGCUACCAGGCCAACCCAGAGUGCAAGAUCCUCCUCCUGCUCGGUGAGGUCGGCGGCGUCGAGGAGUACCGUGUCAUCGAGGCCGUCAAGAACGGCACCAUCACCAAGCCCGUCGUCGCCUGGGCCAUCGGAACCUGCGCCAGCAUGUUCAAGACUGAGGUCCAGUUCGGCCACGCCGGUGCCUCUGCCAACUCAGACCUCGAGACCGCCGUCACCAAGAACAAGUCUAUGCGCGAGGCCGGCAUCCACGUCCCCGACACCUUCGAGGACCUCCCCGAUGUGCUCGCUGCCGUCUACCAGAAGCUCGUCAAGCAGGGCACCAUCAAGCCCCAGCCAGAGCCCGUCGUGCCCAAGAUCCCCCUCGACUACUCCUGGGCCCAGGAGCUCGGUCUCAUCCGAAAGCCCGCCGCCUUCAUCUCCACCAUCUCUGACGACCGUGGCCAGGAGCUGCUCUACGCCGGCAUGCCCAUCUCCGACGUCUUCAAGGAGGACAUCGGCAUCGGUGGUGUCAUGUCUCUGCUCUGGUUCCGUCGUCGUCUGCCCGCCUACGCCUCCAAGUUCCUCGAGAUGGUCCUCAUGCUCACUGCCGAUCACGGUCCCGCUGUCUCCGGCGCCAUGAACACCAUCAUCACCACCCGUGCCGGCAAGGACCUCAUCUCCGCCCUUGUCUCUGGUCUGCUCACCAUCGGCUCCCGCUUCGGUGGUGCCCUCGACGGUGCAGCAGAGGAGUUCACCCGUGCCUUUGACCGGGGUCUCUCCCCACGCGACUUUGUCGAUACCAUGCGCAAGGAAAACAAGCUCAUCCCCGGUAUUGGCCACCGUAUCAAGUCCCGCGCCAACCCUGACCUCCGUGUCGAGCUGGUCAAGGAAUACGUGAUCAAGAACUUCCCUUCGCACAAGCUCCUCGACUACGCCAUUGCCGUCGAGACAGUCACCACCUCCAAGAAGGACAACCUCAUCCUCAACGUCGACGGCUGCAUCGCCGUCUGCUUCGUCGACCUCAUCCGCAACUGCGGCGCCUUCACCCCCGAAGAAGCCGAAGACUACCUCUCCAUGGGCGUGCUCAACGGCCUCUUCGUCCUCGGCAGAAGCAUCGGUCUCAUCGCCCAUUUCUUGGACCAGAAGCGCCUGCGCACCGGCCUCUACCGCCAUCCAUGGGACGACAUCACCUACCUCCUGCCUACCUUGUCCAAGGGCUCGUCAGCCGAGGGUCGUGUCGAGGUCAGCAUCUAA